AUGACAUCUGUGAAAACACUUUCUCUUGUAUACAACACGGUCUUCGAAAAAUACUUCCUUUACAGUGGUUUUAUUGGAAGUCUUACCCAAGUAAAUAAUGGCAAGAAAACGCUCCACAGGGAAGAAGAACUACCAUGGAAAAAUACCCUCUCUCAGCCCCAGCCUGGUUAUGCUUCGAUAAGAGAUAGUCUGAAGAGCCAUAGGACGCGCAGAAGCUCCAAGAAGGGCUAUGGCUGA